UUACAUGUUACGUCACACAAACAUGGCCGACACCUGGAUUUGCGGCGGCAGUUUUUAAUUUGCUGCUUUCUUACUAUCAUUUUGUCUCAAAAUCCCUUCGUGUAAUACUAAAAGCAUUGGUUCUAGAGUCACAGUUUGGCUUUAUCUUAUUUUUUUCCAGCAUUAAUUGAUCCUAGUAUAAUGUAAACUGUCAAAAACAAGUGUGAGACGAACAUGUUGAGACUAGUCAAACCGAAAUCAUUAAGAUCAACGGUCUUUCAAAUAUGAAUAUUUCUUAUUUAAUAAGGCUAACUUUCAUGUAAGACUUUGUUUUCUACAACACAAAUAACCGACUUAGCGGUCAGUAUUGGGGAAAUCAAAUUUAGAACAGAUAUGAUUUUUAGCCAUAAUAACCCAUUACUGCUGGUGCUUGAAAAAUAAAUGUAGUUAGUAGUAUAUUAUAAGGCCAAACAAAACAGUUGUGUGUUUACUGUCACAUGCUGGAAAAAAAUAGGAUAGGUAGCUAGAAAAAGACCAACAAUGGAAGAGGAAACUACAGUGACAUCUUCAUAUGUGUUUCGUGGUGUGGAAUAUAUUGUUACAAUGAUUGUGCAAGCAGGGAAUACUUUGUCAGUAGAAGUGGAAGAUAGACUAACAGCUGAUCAGUGGAGGGCAACAUUCGAUUCUGCGUAUAUAGAAGAUUUGACACAUAAAACAGGAAAUUUUAAGCAGUUUCAUAUAUUUGUUAGCAUGUUAGAAUCUGCAGUUACACAGUCAAGUGAAAGUGUUUCUUUGGAUUUAUUGACAUAUGCUGAUUUAGAAUCAUUACGACAAAGAAAAACUGGAAGUCUGCCAAAAUCAAAUGUUCCUCAUGGUAAAACAGUGUCUUUGAACUCUAAGCGCUACCUCAUUGUAACAUACACAGUUGAAUUUGAUAGGAUACAUUAUCCUUUACCUUUGCCAUAUAUGGGGAAACCAGAUCCCAGAGCAUUACAAGAAGUUAUAAGACAACAAAGAUCAGAAAUAAAAGCCUUCAGACAACAGGGUGGUAGUGGUGAACAUAAACAUGGUAACAGGGAAUUUGAAAAGUUACAGAAAGACUACAAUCUGAUGCUUAAAGAGAAAGAAGAGCUAGAGGCUGAGUUUCUUCAUUUCCGAAGAGAAGUCAAAACUACCUCCACAGGAAAUGCUGUGAAAGAGAUCAGAAUUCUUAAAGCUCUUACUAAAAGUUUGGAAGAAGACUUAAUGAAGGAAAAAACAAAACACCAAAGAUCAACAACCAAACGAAGUCAAGAAUAUAGAGAUUUACUGGAGGAAGUUGAGGAACUGAGGGCAUCAGAAAGAAACCUAAGAAUAAGAGUGAAAAGUUUAACAAAUGAAUUAGCAGUAUAUAAAAGAGAUAGAAUCAGACCACCACCUCAGAGAUCAUCACGACCUCCAAUUAGGGAAAGGUAUAAUUCAAGGGAAAGAUCAAUGUCAAGGGAGAGGUCAUUAUCUAGAGACAGAUCAUGGUCAAGUGAUCGUUUGUCAGUAAGGAAUUCAUCAUUAAAUAGAGAAAGAAGAUCUUCAAAAGAGAGACCAUCAUCAGCUCCAGAUAGAAGUAGACUAAGUGACAAGUCAUCUUCUUCAUUUAGGAACAAUGUACAUAGACCAAGAAGUAGAACUCCAUCUCCUUCACCUGCUGGUGCUAGAAAUCCAAGGUUUGACCCAACAGCAUAUAUAAAAGAUCAAGAGAGAAAGAAAAAAGAAAUUAAUUUAAAAAAUCAAAGAUCAUCAAGAUCAAAAACCUCAGGAAAUUCUGUUAAGACAAAAGCUUCACCAAGAAGUUAUGUAAAUUAUAGUCAAUUAUCAGGGGGCAGUAGAAAUAGAUCUCGGACGUCAUCAUUUGGCAGUCAAGGUGAAUACAGUGAUGGAGGAUACUCUGACUCAUCUUAUUCAAGACUGAAAACUUACAACAGAAAUUCAGUUCGGUCAAUCAGGAACAAUCGAUCAGCAAACUCAUAUAUGUCAAGUCCAGAUGUUCCACAGAAAACAGUAAGCAGGACUAAGAAUAAUGUGAAAGAUCCAUUAUCAAGUACACCAGACAAUGAUUACAGAACAAAAAGAAAAAGAAGCGUCAAGAACAAAGAAAACUAUGUAGAUAGUGCAGGUGAAGAUAGUGACUACUAUAAUGGAUCUGCUGAGAUUUCUGAAAUUGAUGCUAGACUUAGUAAACUUCAACAACUUAUGAAAAGUAGUAUAGACUGAGUUUGGAAUAUUUAUAUUGUGUUGAUUAGUUGAUGCUACUUUAAAACUAUUAAUACAAUUAAACUGGAUGUCCAUCUGGUCAUGGUUCUAUAUGUUGAGUCUUAUUUAUUAUGUGUUUGACAGAAAAGAUCAUCUCCAUGGAGUUACUCUUGAUUUUGAUAAAAUAAAUCUUUGGUGAAUUCAGCAUUAACUGUUAUUUAAUAUUUGUAUUUGUAGCAUUAAUGUCUGUAGCUGAGCUAACUUAUUAUUAUUUAGUUACUUUACAAAGCAUAUGUUUGAACCACUUUAGUACCAGUCGGGAGGGAACGACGUACACUGUCUAUUUAACUUUCAUGAAUGUUAUUCAUUUGUAUGACCAAUACCAUAAUGUUGCAUGUUUUCCUAUUUGCAUGCCAUAUAUGAGAAGGGUAUCACAAUAUUUACUUUGUUACAUACAGUUGUUGUACUGUUUGUUAAGCUUAACAAGCAGGGUUAUUCAUGCUCUGAGUUUAAUCAUAUUUCAUUUUAAAUACAAUUUUAUAAUAAAUCUGAUAAACUUUUCAUUAUGUGUAGAUAUGAUAUUUUAUUUAUUUAACUGUAGCUGUGUAAACCAUUCAGACAUGCAUUUAUUAAAUAUGCAAUUUUAAGAAUUAAAUACAUUUUAAAAGAA